GCACCCUACAAGGUCAAAUAGUUCUAUGGAACAUUGCUAAUGGAGAGCUGGUAAGUAUCUACUCCGGACCCAAUAUAAAAACCAUCAAUCCCACUCUCAGCAGACCUCUAAUCCCAGGAUGCCGCCUACUCUCGGACAAUUUCAGAUCCUCUGAAGUUGCUUCUCCUGCCUCCACGAUAACGGCCCUAGGGCUUAGCCUGCAUAAAUAUGAGUCGAAUCACAGCUCUAGUAGGUUUUUACGCGGAUGGCUUGUUGCCGGAGACUCAGUAGGCGGGAUCCAAGUCUGGAAUCUGUCUGUUGAAAAAGAAGUCUGCGAUGACCGGACUAAAAUCGGUAUUAUCGCGAGUCUCAGAUCAGAUGCUGCUACAUGUGCGCCUGCGCCACUUUUGCUCUUUUUGGGCGAGUUAAAAUCCGGUCGUCAGCUGGAUUCUAGCCUGAAGUGCGAUGGGUACGCAAUCACCUGUCUCAAGAUAGCCCAUCUGGGGGCUGAUCGAGGCUUGGUUGUGGCCGGUGACUCUGCGGGUUGUCUACGUCUAUGGAUUUUGCCUAAUCUACGUCAAUUGGCUCAGUAUUCGUGCUCCUGUGAUUCUGCUGUGGCUCGUUUCUUGAUCCUUGAACCAAAGGGGGCUGGCUCGAGUCUAUGCGAAAGCUCUUACGGCCGAGAAUCGGUAUCUCAUCCAAUUUUCGGGCGCAGCCAGGGUCAACGAUUGAAAGUGAUUGUGCAAGUUCACGAAAGGGUAAGAUGUGAAUUAGAAGAAAAGGGAAUGGACGAUGCUCAAAUAGAAGUUGAAGAUGAGAAAGUCGGGGUAAUUAAAGCAAUAACUGAAGGCAGG